UCUGGCUGGUGUCGUCCUCCCACUGAUCCAGAUUCUAGCUUUUCUAUCACUAUGCUAUACCUAUGUGUUUCUGGCUGAAGGUAUCCGGCAUCUGGUGGCUUUAAUGUUCCGUGCAGCUAAUCUAAAAACCAUCGGCAAAGCGGGAACUGGCUGGCACUUUCGCCGGACAAUGGACGAGCUGGUCCAUGACCUGGUGUCAGCACUGGAAGAGAGCUCAGAGCAAGCUGCCCGUGGUGGUUUUGGCGAUGGAGGCGACCAUGCUUUAGCAGUGGGCUGCCUGCUGAAGAGACAGGCCCGGAAGCGGAGGGGCAGGAAGCGGCGCUCGGACAACCCUCAUCCACCGUGGGAGACGGGCCAUCUCAGCGAGGGUUCGGAGUCCAGCGUGGAGGAGCACAAGGAUUAUCGAGCCAGCACAGGAGGCGUCUCCGCUGCCAACAGCCAUGCCCGGGACAACAGCGACUCAGAUGAGCAGCUCGGCCCUAAAAGGCGAACCCCUCACACGGCGGACAUCGGACGCAGCAAGCGGCCGCUUUGGCCGGACGACCUGGCCGUCUUGGGGUCGGCCGAGGGCACCCGCAGCCUCCGGCGGCGGCGCAAAGUCAAGCGCAUGGCCGUAGACCCGCCGGCGGAGCCGGAGCCGCCCUGCUCCACCAUGCUGGGGCCGCCGCCCGUCCCCAAAGCUCGCAUCGGAGGCAGGCCGCACAGGCUGGGCGCAGGGGAGAGCAGGGUCGCCAUGGAGCUGUGCGGCGGCGGCCUGGUGGGCUCGGGAGGAGGGAAGAACAGGGUGAAAAAGAGGAAGCUGGCGACCCACAGGCUGGGACUGGAGGCCGCAGACGAAGGGGUGGUGGUGGAGAGCGAGGACCCCAUCUCUUCACCCACAGAAGGCUCAAAGGACAAGAUGGAGCUGGAGGAGCAGAAGGGCUCGGAUGAGGACAUGAGUGACAGGUGUGAGACCAGCAGUGUGAGCAACAGCAGUGACGGAGGCCUUUAUACCAAUGAUGAAGGGAGACAAGGCGACGACGAACAGAGCGACUGGUUCUACGAGGGCGAGCCGGGUUCCGGUUCGGCUCCGGGCGGCGCGUGCGGGAUAGCCGGAGUGGUUCCGUGGUGGGAGCGGGAGACGGGGUCGGAUGAGCUGGAUCUGACUGACCCGGUCUUCAACAGCAUCCUCACAGGGUCCUUCCCGCUCAUGAGCCCCGGGCAACAGAGAGGGUUCCACGCCAGGUUGAAUCGCCUCCAUGCAAACCAGCAGGGGUCGGACACGGGGCUGCAGGGAAGCUCCGCUCAGGGCUUCAGCGAGAGACUUGGCAGAUCAGCACAAGACUCGCACGAGCCUUGGUUCAGCCCGAGCUCCAGGAGGGAACACGGACAGCUGCACUGGGAUCCGCGGACAGACCGAGGGCAUCGGAGGAGCUGCUCGGUGAAAACGGCCAGCAGACAGACCAGCGGGCAUCUUGGCUCUCUGUGCACCGGGGACGUCAAGCGGAGGCGGAAAGCAGCGCCCCUCGGUUCCACUGCACCCUCAGGGGUGGUCGGGGAAAGCGCGCCUCCCAUCCCCGAGAGCAACCUGGGCAGCCGCAUGCUGCAGAGCAUGGGCUGGAGCCCCGGCAUGGGCCUGGGCCCCGACGGCAGGGGCAUCACGGAGCCCAUCCGGACCUCCCAGAGGCCAAAGGGCACGGGUCUAGGCUUCAACUGAAGCGGCCGCGGCCAGGACUCUGAACCCGCCGCGGGUUCCGGAUGAGACGCCCCCCAAAAAGGAGCAGCGCCGACGGAAAUCCUCCGGAAUAAUCUGAGCAUGUGGGACGGCCAGGGAGCGAGGCUCGUCAUGGCAACCGAGUCUGUGGCGGAAGGAAAACUUUUCCAUAUUGGGGAAAACUGCAAGACGCUGAGGAUUUCCACACAGGGGAAAAAAAAAAAGAAAAGAAAAAAGACUUUCUGCAAACACGUGGUCUCCAGAACCUCCACGUUGGAGGAGAUAUUCAGUCCCCUCUCU